AUGGGAAACGCCUACCUUCCUAUCAACGAGAAUUGGGAACUUUUCUAUAAGACGAAUGAAAAAUCAUGCGAAGAGACAAAAGAAGCUGGCGCCCGAGCUUUGGUAACUGCCGCAAAACGGGUGUUGGAUGAUUUGAAACCUGACAUGGAUGGUGAAGCACGUGUGGAUGCCUGGCUUUUUGAUGUCGACUGGUCGUUCAGGGGUGAUCACGAGUUUCCAGAGUGGUACUUCAAGUUGUUUUCGAAACGAGGCAAUGUUUAUCUUGACAAAGAGUCGUUGACUAGUGAAGAUGUAACCAUGAAGAGUGCCUACGUCCCACUUAUAUUUGCUAGUCACUGUGCUUGCGUCACGGAAAUAAUUCGAGCGAAGAAUGAGGUUAGGGAGACAUCCGACGACUCCUUAGAAUCUCACUGCCCGCCCUUCUGGGAGUAUGAACACAUCUGCAAAGUUAUAUCGAAGAACAUUCAAGAAUUUGGUGACAUGGAACCAUUUGGAAAAGCUCAUGCAUUUGGCUUCUUCCACUUCUAUCGGCUUCCACACCCGUUGGGAGGGCAGAACGUUGGCGAUCCGCUUGGGAAGCACUUUCUCCGUUACAUCGACUCGAAAAUACUGCGGCCAACAAGACAUGUUGACGAGUUCUUCGUUCUACUCGAAGCAAUGAAAGUUACGAAAUUCUGGACUAACUACGCAAAACGAGUUGAAUCCGAAAUUCCGGUGUGGUACGAGACUAAUGAAGGACCGAGACUCGGUGCUAUAGCCCCAGCGAUCAUUCCAGCAGGAACAGUGUCCCGGCGAAGUGUGCACAAGCUGUGGGUUACGCUUACGAAUGAGUCUGAGCAGUGGCUCGCUGGCCUGUUUGGAGAUGCAAGCCAUGCAAAAGCACUGCCGGAGUGUGCACGUCAACCUGGUCUAACUCCGUUCAGUAAUAUGAUGCUAGCCGGGUCGAAGUCCGAUGGCACCGAUUUGCAUUCUGUGGUGGCCAAUCAGUUGAAAAUUGACAGAAGUCAGGCGAAGGCGUUGAACUAUGCACGAAUGUACGGUGCUGGAGAGAUCAAUGCCACAAAAACCCUGUCACAGGCAGGAAUGACGAUGGAUCAAGCCACGAAAACAGCAAAGGAACUUUUUGCGGUGACAAAGGGAACGGAGAGCAGCUGGAAAAUGCUUCGCAAAGAGGUACAGCCACUUCUGCUGAAAUUCGUAGCUGAACGACAGCUGGACAAACCAGGCAAUUAUCUGACGGUCGAUGGUAGAUUCUACAUACCCAAUUAUGACAAUCACAUGAACGAAUCUGCCACAUUCAACUAUUUGGAAAUGCAAACACAUCGUGAGGUGCUUCGAACACCAGUGCUGGACUGUCGACUUUCCGACUCGCUUUCAGCGCUUCCAAAAGAAACACCUGACAGAUGGAGUUUCACGGCGAAGUAUAAACGAUCGGUGAUGAAUUGGAUUUCGCAAAGUGAGGGAUCGCUUCAGAGGAAGCUUUGUAUCGAAAGAGUUGCAUCUGUGCAGUCCCAACAAGCUUGUACGAUCCCUUCAGUGAAGGCUAUACGGCGACACUAG